AUGGGACCCUCAGGCCAGGACCAGGAGGAGCCAGGAGCCAGGAGCCAGGAGCAUUGCCCUGGAGGACCACUACGGUACACCCUAGCUGCUGCACCAGGUCUCGGGAACCAUGAGAUGGUUCGACCCGGCCAAUCGAUGAGAGCUGGAACCGCCCCGCGCAACACUAGUUACUCAUCAAGUCUGGGCCCCAAGAGAACUCGUGGUCUCGAAUGGAGAGCGACGCCCAUGUCUCUCUCUGUGCAUCUGCCCAAUGAUUGCAUAAUGCUACUUCUUGGCAACUAUCCAUCGACGAACUUCUGGCCACAAUUCCUCCCAGAAUCGUGGAAUAUUCAAACCAGAGCUGCUGCGACGAUCAGAGAGAUUGCGCACCCGCAGAGGAGAGGCAAGAGGGGACACCACUCGGCCGCUAUUUGCAUCUGGCACUCGGAACCCGGCUUCAAGGUUCUACCUUACAUAGUACAAUAG